CCGGUGCGGAGGCAGGACCUGAAUGACGUCCUAACGGCGCGCCGCUCCCGGGCGUCCUCGCAAGGUCGCCUCGGAAGCGGGGAGCGCGCGUAAGUGACAAGACCCUGAUCAGGGACGCGCCGUGUCCGGCCUUGGUACCAGCGGCAGCAUGUCGGGGUACACGCCAGACGAGAAACUGCGGCUGCAGCAGCUCCAACAGCUGAGAAGGCGAUGGCUAAAAGACCAGGAGCUGAGCUCCCGGGAGCCGGUGCUGCCCCCGCAGCGGGUAUGGCCUAUGGAGAGAUUCUGGAAUCACUUUUUGCGGGACCAGACCCCGUGGAAGAACGUGAUUUAUAAGGCAUACCGACACAGUAUCUUUGCUUUUACUCAUGUACUUAUACCUGCCUGGAUUAUUCAUUAUUAUAUCAAAUAUCACGUGAAUGCAAAACCAUAUGCCAUUGUUGAAAGGAAGCCCAGAAUAUUCCCAGGUGAUACAAUUCUGGAGACUGGAGAAGUAAUUCCACCAAUGAAAGAAUUUCCUGAUCAACAUCAUUGAAGAUUACUUUAAAAUUUCAAAGGCGUAUGAGGCCAACUUUGUUGCUGUAUUACUGUAUUUACUGAAUAUAUUUUCUGGAAAAGUAACUUUAAUAAAGUUUACUUUGAGAUA